UCCAAACGGUGGAAUUCUACAGAGAUAUAAGACACAAUGCUGCCCUACGAAACUAUAGAGCUAGCAGAGGGUGCUCUAGGCAGGAAACUCUCUUGUUGGGAAAAUCUCUGGUUCAGAUUCUCUGCCAAAAUGCUGGACAUUUGGCUCUACUUUCAUACCAUAUGGAUUGUUUUAAUAGUUUUCUCCAUGGUGCCUCUGCCAUUGUUCAUUCUGGAACUCGUCAAGGCCAGAGGCUUACAGAAGGUAUGCAGAAUCUCAUCUUUGUUUUCUGACAUCUUUUUUAUUUGGGUUGAGUCUGGUGAGAUGUUUAUUGGUAUCAGGACAAGCUUGCCCCUGCCUUCUCUGUGGGAAGUCAUUGCACAACUGACAGUGUACUUUCUGGUGGAAGACUCGGGGCAUUACUGGAUCCACAGGUGGUUGCACUGCAAAUGGGGUUAUGAUAAGAUCCAUCGAAUUCACCAUGGAUUUACUGCUCCAAUAGGGUUUGCUGCUCCUUAUGCACAUUGGGCAGAGGUGUUAUUACUGGGGAUCCCAACCUUUGUUGGACCUGCAAUUGCUCCAGGACACCUGAUUACAUACUGGCUCUGGAUUGCACUGCGCCAAAUGGAAGCUAUAGAUACCCACAGCGGGUACUAA